AUGGCACCUACCAAAAAGGCAAAGAAGACUGCCGACAGCAUUAACAGUCGUCUGGCACUUGUCAUGAAAUCAGGAAAAGUCACACUUGGAUACAAAUCAACUUUAAAAACUCUCCGUUCUGGAAAGGCCAAGCUAGUUAUUAUCGCGGGCAACACCCCUCCACUUCGUAAAUCCGAGCUUGAAUACUACUCUAUGCUCUCCAAAACUAAUGUGCACCACUUUGCUGGUAACAACAUUGAGUUAGGAACCGCUUGUGGAAAGCUAUUCCGCUGCUCAACGAUGGCAAUUCUUGAUGGUGGGGACUCCGAUAUACUGUCAGGUCAAACCGCAUAA